AUGUCGGCCAUAAGUGUAAGUUGGCUUAAUGUAUCGUGGGGUGCUGUCUAUAUCGAGACCAAUUACGGCCUCAUGCAGCAUUCUCCUAAAGAAAUUACGAAUAAGUUAUUAGGAGCUUUGGAUUCGGAGUACAAUGUUGUGGAUAUGCCUACUGUAUUUGAAGUUGUGGCUGUGUUGGAGAAAACACCUAUCACACUGGAAAUACUUGAGACAACACGACUGGGCAAACUUAUCAACGAGUGUCGGAGAAAAACCAACAAUGAAGCGUUGGCGAAACGAGCUAAACUUCUGGUACGUCAGUGGCGUGACAUGAUCAAUGAAAACUCUUCGUCGCAGUCAGCAUCAGCGAAUCGCGCCUUAUCGCCGGCAAUAACUCCGAACGUGAUAGCUCCAGCGUCGACUUUGUCGUCGUACUCUUCAUCUUCUUCAUCGUCCGCAUCGCUCGCAGUGCCUCAGCAUAAUGGCACGAACGCGAUACGUUCCUCUUUACACAGAUCCGCCGAACGCAUCGGUACGCCGUCUAUAUCGCCAGCUCUGUCAGUGGGUCGAAACGACGGAAUAGUGAGUCCUGCAUCUUCCUUGUCGCCGGGUGGACGCGACCCUAAAGUAGAAUCCGUGCCUAAAACGCACGUAGCCAAUAAACGUUUAAGGAAAGCAGCGUCGCCAGAUAUCGGCGAACCGCCAGCCAAAGCGAGUAAAGCAAACGGUGCUAUGUUCGUCGAUAAACCUCGCGACAUUUCAUUGCCGCCGUCGCCUGUCGUCGUCGCCGCCGCUGUAGCAGCAGAAUCAGAACCUGCGACUACGGAAGACGACGAAUACUCGCGUUUACGCGAUCAACCGUCGACUGUGAUGAUGGCUGACGACGAUGCACCGUCUAUCGAUGGUCACCCUUCUACCGUGGUUACUGAAAGUGUUCCACAGCCUGAUCCGGCGUUGCCUAAGAAACGUAGUCGUAAAAAAGCGAACAAGAAACGCGUCACCGAGGACGAUCUUCUCAAGGAGAAAUUAGUCGCUAUGUCGAAGACUGCUCGCGUUAAAACCACCGAAGAACUGGUGGCCGGAUUGAACUCGCGAACCGAAGCGUCCACCUCAAUCAUGCCUAGUCUUUCUAAUAAUAUCCACUCUACCGACGGCGAUCCUACGUCGUCCAACUUUGCCGGAUCCGGAAUCGCCUCCAUUACCGAAUCUGCUAAACUAGAACAACACCUCAAGCUCGAUCCGGAGACACGAGUGGAACGAGAAAUAGCCUCCAUUACGGCCAAAUUACCGCCUUUAAACAUAAACGAAAUAAGUUGGAGUUCGCCCGAACCGUCGCCUCCUUCUACUCCUAAACCAAUCACAGAUGAAGAUGUGGAUAGAUACUUACAGCAGCAAUGGGAUGGCGUUAAUGGUUGUAUGACACAUUCACCUUUUACUCGUAUACCAGCUGCCGAUGGGACCGCAGAAUCCAGCGAUAACCAAAAUAGUGAGUUUAGAGAAUGGCACGAAAUGGUCGCCAGAAGAACGUUAAACGAUGAUUUAAUACAUAUACUGCCGUACAGUAUAGUCGACUGAUUCAGCGUUUUGUUUCUUUUUUUUUGAAAAGUGUGAUUAUUUUAUAUCCUGUUUUCUCCUUCUUCCCUUUUUACUCUCCCCAGUCCCUCUUUCUUAUUUUUUGUUUUCAAUUUUCGUCUCUAUCGCUUCGAUGUGUAAAAGGUUCAAUAAUGAUGUCGAAAGUUUGCUUUAGUCAGGAAUAACGCGUGAUUCAGGUGCUCGAUUUCCUUCUUAAAAAAAAAAUAUAUGGCCAUGCUUGAUGAAGUGUGAUGUUUGUGCCGAAUUUUUCGAUUAAAUGUGAUCUCGAUCCAAGUUCAACUUUUGUUGCUGUGACAUCGUUGUAACUGAAGCACGAAGAAAGGAAAAUUCUUGGGGUCAAACCGAAUGAGAAUAAAAUUCGUCUUUUGAGUUUUUAUGGAGAUGGAAUGAACAUAUGAUGACAUUUUUUCAGAAUUUUCCUCAUUUAUUUUUGUUCUUGUACUUAGUCCGGUUGUUUCAAAUAUUUAUUGAGACGAAAUCCAUUUUCGAGAGUCGAAGAUGCCCCUGAUCCAAAUGUAGCAACGAAGAGAAUUUUUUUUUUUUAAAUCAAAGCUUGAAGAAAUAAUUUUGGAUGAAUCCGAUGAUCCCUUAAGUGAAUCGAGACCCAAUUUUUGGAACAGUCACGAGACCUACUUUUGUUUUUAAUUUCAAAAAUUCAAAUUUGCCAAAUUUUGUCUCCACUUCUUGAAAAAAAAAAGGGAGAAAUGAUAACGAUGUUACUAAGAAUAACUCUCCAAAUAAUUCCCUCAGAAUUGCUAUUUUUAUGUUUUUGAAACUUCGCUUCUUUUGCUCUUUCGAUCAUCCUUGUAUUUUUUUUGCAAAUGUUGAGCCUCAAAGAAUCGUGCACCUCAGCUGAUUUGUUUUUGAACUACGUAGAAUAUGUCGUAGCAAUGCUAGUUGAAGUUGGAUAAGGAAAUAUUCGAGCAGGAUUACGUUUGUCUUAUUUGGUUUCAUUUUUGGUUACUUUGAGUCAUUUGUUUUUUUCAUUGAAUACUCAUAAAAGAUUAUCCCCAACUCCCAACAUACUUCCAAUCGAUAUUGAAAAAAACGUAUUCUCAUUUUUGUCGUGGUUUAUUGUAUGGCAAGGCGAGGUGGGUGUAUUCGUAUUGAAAAUAUAAUAAAUUAAAAAAAAAUUAUAAUAGGCUUGUAUAAAAAAUCAAUUGAAAAUUUUGAUUUGUUAUAAUAUUGAUUACAAAAUGUAAGAAUGGAAUCUUCAUUUUACGUUUUUCUCGUUUUGAUUACAAAAAGCGUCGUGAAAUGAAUUUUCUAAUUAUUUACGAGCUUGAUUACCGUUGAAUAAUUUGGCUUCAGUAGCGGUCAUAUCAGAGAUUCUUGUAUUAUUUUUCGUUUCAAAACUUAAAAACUCGUUUAUGGGUGAUAAUGUUACUACGAGGUUUGUGCUAUGGUUUUAUUUUUUUCUCAUUUUGAAUAUUUCUUAUUUCUAAAAUACACAUACGUGUUUUGUGAAACGUUGAAGUUGGAAGGUAUUUUAGUUUAACGAUGGUGUAAUUUUAUUUUCAUUUUGAAAUUUAGAACAAUUUUUGUUCAGCUUUUGUUUGCUGUGCUUGUUUAAUGUUUAAUUACUAUAUCGUGUAAUCUUUGAGUAAGAUUUUAUGAGAUUUGUUUGUGUGAUGAAUUAGAAUUAUAUCCAUUAUGUGAUGUUGAAGCUUUUGAGCGCGACAUUUUAUCUCUUCGAGUUACGAAUGGUAAAAAACUUCACUCGAGUAUAAAGGCUUUGUUUCAAUUACUCCGCUAGUUAAUGUAUGUAUCAUUUUUAUGUUUUGUUUUUUGUUAUGUUUUUUUUCCUUUUGACGCUUUGAAAAGCUUGCUAGCGUUAUUGACUCAAGAGUUGUUGGAAAAUCGGUGGAAAUUCAUUCUUGACUUUCGAAGUUACCGUGUAAAUCAUUCGAAUAUAUUGGGAGCUUUUUUUAGUGUGUAUAAUUUCCUAGGUAAUAUAUUAGUUACCAAAUAACUAAAUUAGUUUGUUUUUUUGUUAUGUUGCCGGACACUAAUAUAAGUGUCUCGAUGAUGUUAAGGUUGAAUUUCCACCUAACGCGCCUUCUGUUUGGGUAAAAUACUUGAUCAACUUCGACGUAUAGGUUUUUCCAUCUAUGAAACGCAUUGUUAUUGUUUCGUUUUAUUUUGAAGGUAUUUCAAUCUACAUAUAGUUUAUAAAUAUUUUUAAAAUUUUUAUAAACGAUAGUAAAACUAAGAGCUGGAUUAUUUGAGAAAAAAAAUCUACAUACGUGAAAUAAUCUAUGUUAUGUUUAAGACUGUUUUAUGUAUUAGGCGUAUUGUGUUGAAGAUGAAUUUGAUUAUCACAUAGAUUAUCUACAUUGCAGAUUCCACUGAGAUUGUCUUGCCUUUUUAAUUUUUUUCAUCUUUAUUAUUUGAUUUUUUUUUGAAAACAAUUUAAGGAAUUUUGUAAUGGGGAUUUUUAAAACAAAAACAUUUUUAUA